GCUCCAGUAGCGGGAUUGUAGCUUCCAAACCCAACUGCCCCGAACCCCGCUGUCCGGGGCAGCAGCCCCCCCCCGUCACAGGGGUUCCCUGGGGCACAUUGCUGGUAGCUCCUUGGUGCAGUGUCCUUCAGCCAGGGGGUCACCCCAGCCGCCUCCCACAGAGCCCAGCCUAGGGGGGAGCCGGGGUCCCAAUCCUGGGACACUGCAGCCACUGGUGCAGGCUCCUGUAAUGGCCUGUCCUGGGGCUUGAGAUGUCUCCAAGGGCUUGGCAGGGCCCAUGGGUGUCCAUCUCAGGGUGUGACUGUACCGCGUUGCUGGGGCGCUGCCAACAGCCAGCCCUGACCCAUACUGGGACCCCGCUGGAGCCGCCUGUCAGUGUGGGGGCGACUCCUAAUAGCCACAAAGCUCCAUGUGAGAGGAGAGGAACUGAGGCUCCAGUCCAUUGCCUUUCCCAGCUCAGAUACAAAUCGGGGAAAGAACAGGGCACCAUGGCAGACUAUCGGAUCCGCGAGUACAGAGAUGAGGACUAUGAGGUGGUGCGCGAGCUGUUUGCCACUGGGAUGAGCGAGUACGUCCCUGCCCUGUGCGUGCACGUGCUAAAGCAGCCCUGGGUGAUCCUGGUACUGGCCUGCACCUUCUGCAUCCUGCUCACCAGCUCCAAGUCCCUCCUGCUGCCCAUCCUGGCCAUCACGCUGCUCCUGGCUACAGGGCGGCAGCUGCUUGGCUACUUCUGGACCAUGUAUAUCGAGCACUGCUUGAAGGAGGACCUGCUGGACAUCAAGACGACUUACAUGGGUAGCAAGGGCUCCUGCUUCUGGGUGGCAGAAGCAGAUGAGUGUGUGGUGGGCACCGUGGCUGCCAGGCCGUCUGACGAUCAGGAGGGGGAGCUGAUGCUGAAGCGGAUGUCAGUGCGAAAGGACUACCGGGGGCUGGGCGUUGCCAAGGCGCUGUGCCAGGCAGUGAUCUGCUUCGCCCAGCAGCAGGGCUGCCGCGCUGUGGUGCUGAACACCCUGAUGGUGCAGGAUGAGGCCCGCCUGAUGUAUGAGCACGUAGGCUUCGCGAAGUACCAUGACGAUGUGCUGCCCACCGUCUAUGGGAGACUGGCCAACGUCACCAUCUCCAAGUACAGGUACAGCGUCCCCCGCAGGAGCUGACUCUGCUCUGCUGCCAAGGGCUGGAGCCAGUAUCUCCUGUUCCCUCGCCCCAGAGCAUACAGAGUGCAGAGGGUGAGACGUAGCUGACUGGUCACCUUGCAGAGUGCUCCCCUGAAGGAAGUGGUGUCUCGCUCUUACUGGCCUAUGCUACCGAUGUCUCAUUGCUCUGUGCAGUGGGGGAGAGCCGACCGGAUCUGCUUUGGCCUGUUGCCUGGCUGCCUUCUCAAGGCGCAGACUGUGUGUUUCUCAGGGAACUGGCCUGACAGACACACCGACAUUGUCCUGCUGACCUCCGGCCUUGUCUGCACCAAGGGCUGGGAGCUGGGCCCGGUGCGUUCGAGGCCUUCUCAGUACACUGCCUUGAUGCAGCAGUUCAGACAGGUUCCUCAGGUUGAGCGUGCUGGGCUCUGUUGUAGUCUGCGUGCACAGGAAACUCGCCCAGCCUCGGCAGGGAGGUUUCCAUGCUCACCACUGGGACGGGAUGACUGCAGGGUGGAUUGUGGUGAGAUGCUGGUAAAUCACUGGUUCAAACCCAGGUCACGUGGGUGGAUUCAACACCAUUCCCGUGUGCAUUGUGUUCUUUCAGUAGCCUUUGAGGAGACCAAGCGGUCUUGGGGUGGGGUAUCACAGCUGGAUCUAACUGGAUGGGGUGUCAUCACCAUCAGAAGCCCUAGACUGAGUGGACCGUGGGGACUGAAGUCCCGUCCUGUUUGGAGGAACCUCUUUGUAAGCAGAACCUGUCUCCACCCCUGUUGGAAGAAGGUUCAUCCAGCCUUUCUUCCUAGCAUCAAAUCCACCUAGAAAUCUGAACAGGCGUUUGUGUCGUUCUCCCCAGCAGGCUGCCUGUGGGCCGGAGUCCCUCCAUCUGGCACUCAGCUGAGCAUGCUGCCUAGGCAGCGGCUCCAGGGCUGGGAGUGUCAGCUCUGGGCCAGUGCUGCGUUGCCGUAGUGUUGGUGGUGUGGCACUUUGGUGAAUAAAGAAAUUGCUACAUCA